AUGGACAAGAAGCGAGCAGAGCAACUUGAGUUGUUGGGGUUCGCCAAAGAUUUAUCCGAAGAGCUGUGGCAGACCAAGUACGAGGAGCUGGUUUCGUUUCAUCGUCAACAUGGUCAUUGUCUGGUCCCUUCCUCCAACCGCCAUCUUGGAAAAUGGGUUCUACGUCAGCGAUGUUUAAGAAAGGGCCCCAAUUGCAAGAUCAAGGGCAUUCUCACUCCAGACCGCAUCAAUAAGCUCGACAAACUAGGCUUUGUUUGGAACGCCCUGGAAGACAAGUGGUCCACAAUGUACUCUCGGCUCGUCGAAUACAAGGACCGUCAUGGCGAUUGCGACGUGCCAAUGGAAUACGAGCCCGACAAGGAGCUGGCCACUUGGGUUACAUGGCAUCGAAGGUUGGUGCGUGGGUCCAGGUCAGGAGAGCUCAAAGAGGACAGAAAGAAGCUACUCGACAACCUCGGCUUUAUUUGGGUCAGCACCGAAAGCUGGAACAAAAAGUACGCGAAGUUGGUAGAAUACUUCAAUCGGCACAAGCACUCCAAGGUUCCGUCCUACCACAAGGACUUGGGAAGUUGGAUAUCUUCCCUACGAAAGAAGAGAGCUGAGGGACAGCUCUCGGAGGAAAAGGAAGCCAAGUUGAACGACCUAAACUUUGUUUGGGAGACUGACAAGGAAAGGAAGGAGCGAGCGUGGGAGGAAUCUCUGCAAAAGCUUGUGGAGUACAAACAGAAACAUGGCACGCUGGUGGUUGCUCUGUCAACACCGGAAGGCAAGACACUGAACAAGUGGGCUUCAAGGCAACGUGAACUUGAAAAGGCAGGCACUUUGCGUGGGGACCGCAAACAAAAGCUCGACAAGAUUGGGUUCGUCUGGAGCAACAGGACGGCUCUUGUUGCCCCUCCUCUGAGAGCGGAACGGAAUGAAAGCGAUCCAGUCAGCAACGCGGGAAGUAAAGACGACAACUCUUCAAAGAACAAACGCAAAAGACUAGUUCGUAAUGAGACAACCACUUCCGCUUCUUCUCGAGAGAAGACGGCCAAUUCAGCCGCCAUCUCCAAGAAAGGGGGGAAACGGAAGCGGAUGCACCCGAUGGGAGAUGUCUUGGCCGAAGUUGGUCUCAAUUCACAAGGCCUUGCGGGGGGAGCAAGGAAGCAAAAGCGAAGACACUGA